CGAGCAGCAGAAAAUGGAUGAGGCUCCGGGGUCAGUGUCAUUCAAGGAUGUAGCCGUGGACUUCACCCAGGAGGAGUGGCAGCAACUAGACACUGCUCAGAAGACAAUAUACAAGGACGUCAUGCUGGAGAACUACAGCCAUCUGAUUUCACUGGGGCAUCCCAUUAUCAAACCGGAUGUUAUCACCAAGUUGGAGCAAGGAGAAGAGCCAUGGAUAGUAGAAGGAGAAUUCCUACUUCAGAGUUACCCAGAAGAAGCCCAGAAAGAUGAUGAGCUGAUAGAGAGUGUCCAGGAAAAUGAAGAUGAACUUUCAGAGCAAACCAUAUUCAUCAACAAGAAGAUGCUGAUGGAAGAGAGAGGUAAUAUUCUUGAUAAAACUGUGAAUUUGGAAACAAGCCCUGAUCCUUCAAGAAAAAUCUCCUAUAAAUGUGACUUAUGUGAGAAGAGUUUAACGUCUGUUUCAAGCUAUAUCAGUAGUGAUGGAAGCUAUGCAAGAAUAAACCCCGAUGAAUGUAGUGGAUGUGGGAAGUCACUUCUCCAUAUUAAGCUUGAGAAAACUCAUUCAGAUCAGUCUUAUGAAUUUAAUCAAAAUGGGGAAGCUGAUACUCUCAAUGAUGAAAGUAUUUAUCAGAAAAUUCAUAUUUUGGAGAAACCCUUUGAAUAUAUUGAAUGCCAGAAAGCCUUCCAAACAGAAACAGUUUUUGUUAAUCAUAUGGAGGAAAAACCUUGUAAAUGGAAUGAAUCUGAAAUAGCCUUCCUGCAAAUGUCAAAUCUUGGUGUACAUCAAAGGUCUCACAUGGAAAUGAAGCCCUAUGAAUGCAGUGAAUGUGGGAAAUCCUUCUGUAAAAAGUCAAAAUUUAUUAUACAUCAAAGGACUCACACAGGAGAAAAACCUUUCGUAUGUAACCAGUGUGGGAAAUCCUUCUGCCAGAAGGGAACUCUCACUGUUCAUCUGAGAACACAUACAGGGGAAAAACCCUAUGAAUGUAGUGUAUGUGGGAAAACCUUCUACCAGAAGUUACACCUCAUUCAACAUGAGAGAACUCAUUCAGGAGAGAAGCCCUAUGAAUGUAGCUACUGUGGAAAAUCCUUUUGCCAGAAGACCCAUCUCACACAACACCAGAGGACACAUUCUGGAGAGAGACCCUAUGUUUGUCAUUACUGUGCAAAAACCUUCUCUCAGAAGUCAGCACUUAAUGACCACCAUAAAAUUCACACAGGCGUGAAACUCUAUAAGUGUAACGAAUGUGGGAAAUGCUUCUGUCGCAAGUCUACUCUUACCACACAUCAGAGAACACACACAGGGGAGAAACCCUAUGAAUGUAACGAAUGUGGAAAGUUUUUCUCUCGUUUAUCAUAUCUCACUGUACAUUAUAGAACUCAUUCAGGAGAGAAACCUUAUGAAUGUAAUGAGUGUGGGAAAACAUUCUACCUGAAUUCAGCCCUAAUGAGGCAUCAGAGAGUACACACAGGAGAGAAGCCCUAUGAAUGUAACGAAUGUGGAAAAUUAUUCUCCCAGUUGUCAUACCUCAAUGUACAUCAUAGAACUCAUUCAGGAGUGAAACCUUAUGAAUGUAAUGAAUGUGGAAAGUCUUUCUACCAGAAUUCAGCCCUCUGUAGACAUCAGAGAAUACAUAAAGGAGAGAAGCCCUACGAAUGUUACAUAUGUGGAAAAUUCUUCUCUCAGAUGUCUUACCUCACGAUACAUCAUAGAAUUCAUUCAGGAGAGAAACCUUAUGAAUGUAGUGAAUGUGGGAAAACCUUCUGCCAGAAUUCAGCCCUUAAUAGACAUCAGAGAACACACACAGGAGAGAAAUCCUAUGAAUGUUACGAAUGUGGAAAAUUUUUUUCUCAGAUGUCUUAUUUAACUAUACAUCAUCGAAUCCAUUCAGGAGAGAAACCCUUUGAAUGUAAUGAAUGCGGAAAAGCCUUCUCUCGGAUGUCAUACCUCACUGUACACUAUAGAACUCAUUCGGGAGAGAAACCCUACGAAUGUAGUGAGUGUGGGAAGAAAUUCUAUCAUAAGUCAGCCUUCAACAGCCAUCAGAGAAUCCAUAGGAAAGGAAAUAUCAAUGUAAUUGAUGUGGAAAGGCUUCUCUGAAGUCAGACCUUAUUUUAUGCCAUAGAACGCUUUCAAUGUAAUGAAUAAGAAAGUCCUGCCUGGAAUGAAAUAAUGCAACAGAGAAUUCACAGGUGAAUGUGGAAAAGCCUUUGUGAAUUCAUCAGACUUGUAAUCUGAAAAUUCACAAUGUAGAAACUUUCAGCAGGAUCACGUAACUCACUGGAUACUGAACUGUACAGGUGUAGAAUUAAUUAACAUUUAGAAUGUGUGUACCUUUUCACUAUGGAUUCAAAAUGUUUACUAUAUCAGGGAAUUCAUACCAAGGAGAAAUCUAUCAAUUUAAGGAAUGUGGAAAAAAACACUCCACUUUUGGAAUUGUUAAUACUAAAAGAUUUGUUUUGGAUAUAAUACC